AUGUCGCGCCGCCUUUCACACAUCAUCCCGGCUCUUCUCCUGCUCCUGCUCGUCUACUGGCUUUGCCUUUGGGUGAAGAUGGACAAGAGCCUGCGCCUGACUGGCACGCCCGUGCGUGUCAACAUCGGCGGUGGUGUCGCUGGCGAUGCGGCGGGCAACGGAACCAAUUGCAUCACCGCCGCCGCCGCCACCACUGAGCCUGUCACCACCGCCGAUGUCCCCGCCGAGAUCACCGGUGCUGCCGCUGCUGCUGUUGCUGUUGCUGCUGCUGCUGAGAAGCCUGACAAGGCCGAGAAGACUGGGAAGGCUGAGGAGAAGACCGAGGAGGUCGGUGACAAGAAGAAGCAGAAGAAGGAAAAGAAGGAGAAGGAGGAGGCUGCUGAGGAGAAGGCCGCCGCGAAAGAUGUAGUAGCGUGGUGGAAGCAGAUGGCUGUGAAGCCUCUCCAGUGGGUGAUCUCCGUGAUUGCGUUUCCGUUGUACAAGCGCAGUGGUUCUCGCUCUGACACGAGCCCGGGCCGCCGCUCCCUCCGGCUACCCACCGGUGCCCUGGUGCCGAACCUGAAGUCAACGUCCAUAUCGAAGAUGGAGGAAGCCACCACCAACAUGAGAGGCGGCGCGAGAUUCAACGAUCCCGUCAUCAUGAAACCACCCCCAGAGACCCCAACAACAGGCAACAGAGCCCAGCGAGACGAACUCCCGGAAGACUUCUUCGACUUCGACUUCGACUUUGCCGCCGAGGAUAUGAUUCCGAGGAUGGCUCAGCCGAACACAACGAACUCCCAAGAGUUACGAAAAGUACUUGGCCAUACAGAAUUGCCACAAGGAUUCCGAGGAUGGCUCAGCCGAAACCCGAUGUUGGUCUUGUGUUGGUUCCUGACUUUUACCGUCGGCAUCCCCUUGCGAUAUGCGGUACACCAUGACGCCUGCCUUGCGACCAAGACGACCCUCUCCCACCUCCUCUUGGCAUCAUCGGCGUUCGACAACAACAAUUUGGCCUCCAGCUUGGCCCGCAUCUUCUCCAGCUCGCGCGCCUUGACGCUCGCCAGGUGGCUCAGGUACGCCGCUCCGUCCUGGGGGAAGAAUGGCGACCUGAGCACACCGAUGUACGAGGAUGUGGCACGCACGUGGACGUACUUCAACCACGCCUGCUCCGGGGCGCUCAUCCAGAAGAACAACAGCACCGUAUCGCGAUACCCCGACCAGAAGCCCAGCGCACAGAAUCCUCUCUGCCGGGCCAUUUGCACCCGCCUGUUGCGGCGGCUGCGGCGGUACUUCGUCAAGUGGAAGUUUACCAUCCGCGGUUGA